AUGGCUACCAACUCGACAACAGCCCAGAGCUAUAAGCAGCUCAAAGAGGAAUUUGUCUCAAACCUGUCAGGAGGUUCCGUUUCUGAAAUUGCACAAGUCUGCGCCGUAGCACCUGUCGUUUCACUCGUCUGGUCUGUCCUCCAAGCUCGACAAUCGUUCUUCAGGCCCUACACACCACUAGGCUAUGCCAUCGACUUCCUCCUCAAUGUCGGCGCUCUCCUGCUCUCAGUGACGCUAUACUCCUCCGCGCCCCUGCUCCUCAGCCUACUUCUCCUUACAACCGCCGCCUUUGUCUACAUCAUCCCAGCCCAUACCCGAAGGAAGAAGCAUCUGGUUCCUCCCAAUGCCCAGUCCAAGAAGAGCUCCUCGGAGCAACCCCUCGGGGUCCUAUCCACCAAGCCCUUCUUGACCAACUACCGCGGCAACAUGCUUAUCGUCACCUGCAUCUGCAUUCUCGCCGUUGACUUUCGUCUAUUCCCCCGUCGCUUCGCCAAGGUCGAGACAUGGGGCACUUCAUUGAUGGACAUGGGCGUCGGCUCCUUCGUCUUCUCGGCCGGCGUCGUCGCUUCGCGGCCGCUGCUCAAGGAGCGUGCCGAGGGCAAGGCCACCCCUCUGAGCACUCGCCUCAAGACGUCGCUGCGCCACUCCCUACCGCUUCUCGUGCUGGGCUUCAUCCGCCUGUUGAGCGUCAAGGGGCUGGAUUACGCCGAGCAUGUGACGGAGUACGGCGUGCACUGGAACUUCUUUUUCACCCUGGGAUUCCUGCCGCCCUUCGUGGCGCUGUUCCAGUCCGCGCUCAAGUUCGUUCCCUCAUAUGCUGGCCUGGCCCUUCUUUUGGGUGUGGUGUAUCAGGUUCUCUUGGAGACCACCUCGCUGAAGGCUUACAUCUUGACUGGACCACGAACCGAUCUCUUGUCCAUGAACAGGGAAGGCAUCUUUAGCUUCUUUGGCUAUCUGGCCAUCUUUUUGGCUGGCCAAGACACCGGCAUGCUCGUUCUGCCUCGAAGCUUGGUGAGCCGCAGCAGCAACAAUAGCAAGACAAACGGCGCCGUUCAACGCAGGUCUCUCCUGCUGAACAUGGCCGCCUGGUCCCUCGUCUGGACAGCUCUCUACUUCUUCGCGACCGAUUACAAUUACGGCUUCGGCUUGACCGUGUCCCGCCGCAUGGCCAACCUGCCAUACAUGCUCUGGGUGGCCGCCUCCAACGCUGUCCUGCUUCUCGCCUUCUACCUUGUGGAUGCGCUCCUUUUUCCUUCCUUCUACAGCGCUCAAGACGCCAAGACCGAGAAGGAGCUCUACGACACAGCGACGAGUAAGGUCCUGAGGGCGUAUAACCGAAACGGAUUGGCUGUUUUCUUGCUGGCGAACUUGUUGACGGGACUGGUCAAUAUGACGGUGCCAACGCUGGAUGUCGGCCGGGUGGCGACGGUGGGAAUAUUGGUUGGAUAUAUGGGUGUUGUGACGGCUGUGGCGGUUGUGUUGGACGUGUAUAAUAUCACGAUCAAGUUAUGA